CAAAGAAGAAGCAGAACCUCAACGUACAUUUCUUGAAUUGUACCAUUCAGCAUGGCUUCCUGAAAAUUUCAAACAAGAUCAGUCUGCAAAAAAGCCUAAGUGAUGGAAUUUUUAACUGAACAGUUAUAAUCCAAAGAACAGGAAUUUAUGAUCACCUCUCCUACCUUCCAACCAUGAAGACAAUGAAAAAUAUAUAACCUUCUGUGCCUUUCCUUCCCAGUUGAGUCAACCAGUAUUAACAAUGAGCAUUUCUGAGGAUAUUCUUAACUGUAGUAUUAAUUACGAACUAGAUAAAAAAUUGUUUCCUACUCUCUACAGCAUUCUGAUUAUUAUCGGCAUUCCUGCUAAUCUACUAUCACUUUAUAUUUCUUGCUGUCAGAUCCAGAAAAAAAAUGAGCUGGGUGUCUAUCUCUUCUGUUUAUCAUUAGCUGACCUAUUAUACGUUAUGACCCUACCAUUAUGGAUUUACUAUGCUCAGAACAGGGAUAACUGGAUAUUUUCUGAAGAGCUUUGCAAGUUAUCUGCCUUUCUCCAAUAUCUAAAUUAUUACAGCAGCUCAGGAUUUCUUACCUGCAUCUCCGUGGACAGAUACUUAGCCAUAGCUCAUCCUUUGAGGUUCCACUGUUUGCGAACAAGAAGAUUUGCCCUGUUGAUGUCCUUUUUAGUUUGGGCUUUUGAAAUAAUGUCAAACUCUGAGAUUUUAUGGGAAAAUAACUUGCGCUCUCUAUCUCUGAGGGUUGCAAAUGCAAGCAACCAUACUUGGUGUUAUGACACAUAUCCUCAACAAGCAUGGCAAGCUAAGUUCAAUUUUUACCGCAUCUGUGUGGGAUAUGCAUUCCCGUUAGCUGUCAUGGUCUUCUGCUACCUCAAAAUUUAUCAAGCUGUGAAGCACAAUCAAGCAACUCAAGACAGCGACAAGAAGAAAAUCAAGCAUUUAUUAUUAGGCAUCAUCAUAACCUUUUUUGUUUGUUUUACUCCAUAUCAUGUUGUCCUGCUUCUGCGCAGUAUCUUUGAGCGAAGCUGCUUUUAUGCCCAGAAUCUAUUUAUACCUUAUAGAAUUACAACAGCCUUGACAAGCAUAAAUUGUAUAGCUGACCCAAUUCUUUACUGCUUUGUGAAUGAAACUGGAAGAGCAGAUAUCUGGAACAUAUUCAAAUGUGGCUUUUUCAUGAGCCAGACAGAAGCACAGAAGUCCAGUCCUUCACAAAACAAGACCAUAAAGGUUUCAGAAUCUUCAGAAUUCAUAUAAUCCAGGAGUAGGUAGCCUGUAGUCUUCCAAAAGUUGCUGAACCAUGCUGGGAGUUGUAAUUCACCAACAUCUGGAGUGUCACGGGGUUUCUAUCUUUGGUAUAUCUUUAAUGCUGCACUCUGCCAAAAUAAAAUGCAAGAAUAGUCUUAAUGACAUCUAACCAAGAGCCAGAUCCAUCUGCAGAUCAACACAGGGCUACUUAUGGGGAUUAGCAGCACAUCUUUAAAUUAUCAAGUUCUCCUGCAAUUUUUUCUGUUUAUCUCAGGAAGAAGGAAUCUGGA